GUGUCAUGGUGCUGGCGGACAGGAUGGACUGCUGAGGAUAUUUAUAGGUUCUGAUUGACAUUUGGAGAAGCCAUCAUCCAGAUAAACACUUUUUAUUCCACCGCUCAUAUAACUUAUUUCUGCUUAGAUAUGUUUCUGAUUUCCAGCAGUGUUCUACCUUUAAUUAAGAGAGAUUAAUGCUGUCUCCUGAUCCAACCAUGUGGACAUAGCCAUUCACAUCAGAAAUCCAUCCUCUCUGACCCCUUGAUUCUGGAGGCCUAAUGCAACACUACUGAGAGAUCAGGAGGUGAUUGAUAAGGUCGCAGAUGAUUCAAAAAGUUUAUUUCCAGCGAACUGCUCCUGUAAUGUUUCACAAUGUCAAGAAGAAUCUGGAGUCGUGUGGUGCAGAGACCAGUUUCAUUGAUAGUGGAUUCAGGAAUGGAUAUAUUUGGACGAAUCUUCAACACUGUUAGUGCAGUGAGCAACCUGUUUACAAACCCAUACCGAGUACGUGAGGUACCUCUGACAGAGUAUGUUCGCUUUGUCCGUAUCAGAGAAAAUGGACGGGUUUUGCUAUACAGGACUACAAAAACGUGGGACUGUCUCCUGGUUAAUGCAAACACUACACAGCAUGCCUACCGCCUGUUCCAGCUGGAUUCCGAGACUGCGGCUCUUCAGCAAUUUGAAGAGUUUGCAGACAAACUUCGUCCAUUCUAUGAGAGUGUCAGACAGGGACUUAAUUUGGACACCUUGCAACAGCUAACAGACUGCAUACGCAGCCACCCAAACUGGUCCCUGGCACAUGUAGCAGUUGAAAUUGGUCUGCGAGAGAGCUUUAGACACAAUUGCAUUCUUAGGAGUGUAAACAGCACAGAGUGUGAUAAAGGAUGCACACCUCUGCAUUUGGCCUGCAGAAAGGGGGAUGUUGCGUGUGUGAAGGAGCUGAUAGAAGAGUGCCAUGCCCGGCAAGACAUUGCAGAUACCGACGGAGAUACUGUUUAUCAUUAUGCAGCUUCUCAGAAUAACCCUCGUAUCGUUGAGCUCCUGUGCUCUGUUCGGUCUGUGGGUGUUAACCAUCUCAAUGACAUGAAGGAGACUCCUUUGCAUAUUGCCUGCCGAUUGGGAAAAGUGGAGACUGUUCAGGCUCUUCUUCGCUCCCAAGCUUCCUGUGACAUUUUAGGGAAUGAAGGAUACCCUAUCCAUACAGCUAUGAAAUACACACAAAAAGGAUGUGUGGAAUGCAUCCUGGAUGUCCGUGCUAGUCAGGUCAAUGCUGAAGACCCACGUUAUAAAGCAACCCCUUUGCAUUGGGCAAAGACAGCAGAGAUGGCUGUACUUUUAAUUCAGCGUGGCUGUGAUGUGAAUUAUGCCAGUGUUACAUCAGAGACACCUCUUCAUAUUAUGGUGAAGAGAGACAGGUUUGAGUGUGCUAUGGUACUUCUGACAAAUGGUGCGGAUCCAAAUACCAAGGGGGAACAUGGCAAUACACCGCUGCAUCUGGCCAUGCAGAAGGACCAUUUAGAGCUCAUUAAAGCCCUCAUGGUAUUUGGAGCGAAUGUCGAGCAAGCUAAUGACUUUGGGGAGACGCCAGGACUUAUGGCUGCAAGAGCAAGCAAAGGGUCCAACCGCAAGGUGCUACUCAGCAUGCUUUAUAACGUAGGAGCAGAGCGCUGUUUCCCCCCUGAUACCCAGCUGUCACAUGAUAACUCCUCCCCUGCCAGAGCACUCCCAGUGGACAGACAUAGCGGCAUAGGUUUUCAGGAUAUUGUUUACAUCUCCACCGUACUUGGCAGCAUGAUAGCAUCUCAUGACAGUGUGGACGCCAGAGAGGAUGGACUGAGAGUACGGGACCGACUUCUGUGUUUGGACGGUGGUGGUAUUCGAGGACUGGUUCUGAUUCAGCUACUGAUAGCCAUAGAGAAGGCAGCAGGACGUCCCAUCAGGGAGCUCUUUGACUGGAUAUCUGGAACCAGCACAGGUGGCAUCUUGGCUUUGGCCAUAGUACAUGGAAAGCCAAUAGAAUACUUACGCUGCUUGUAUUUCCGCAUGAAGAACGAGGUUUUUCAUGGCUCUCGUCCCUAUGAGUCGAGACCCCUUGAGGAUUUUUUGAAGAGAGAGUUUGGGGAGCAGACCAAGAUGCGUGAUGUCACAGAGCCAAAGGUAAUGGUGACCAGUACUUUGUCAGACAGACACCCAGCAGAACUUCACCUUUUCAGAAACUACGAGCCACCUGAAACUGGUCUUGAACCCACUUUUAAGAGAGUUACCAGCUUUCGUCCAAUAACAAACCCAGAAGAGCAGCUUGUGUGGCGUGCUGCCCGCUCUAGCGGAGCUGCCCCCACCUACUUUCGCCCAAUGGGACGAUUCCUGGAUGGUGGGCUGCUCGCAAAUAAUCCUACCCUUGAUGCCAUAACUGAAAUCCAUGAAUACAACAAAUGCUUAAAAAAACAGGGGAAAGGCGAACAAAUAAAGAAACUGGGUGUGGUGGUCUCAUUGGGAACGGGAAAACCCCCACAAACCCAGGUCAGCUCUGUGGACGUGUUUAGACCCACCAACCCAUGGGAGAUGGUGAAGACUGUGGUUGGCGCAAGAGAGCUGGGCAAGAUGGUGGUGGACUGUUGCACGGAUUCAGAUGGGCCAGCUGUGAACAGGGCCAGAGCAUGGUGUGACAUGAUGGAUAUUCCUUAUUUCAGGCUCAGCCCACAGCUAGAGACAGAUGUCAUGUUGGAUGAAGUUAGUGACGCAGUGUUGGUUAACAUGCUUUGGGAAACACAAAUAUACAUCUUCCAGAAGAGGGACGUCUUGCACAGGCUGGCACAGAUAUUACUUGAACCCUGAGCCCUGUUCCCCCGACAUGGACUCAAUAUGAAGGAUGAACGAAGAUCCUCAAGAACUUUCCAUCCCACAAUGUGCAUGUCUUUGAAGGUUCAUAUUCUGCUCUUAAAUACUUUAAACUCAAUCUACUCUCAAAUGGUUAUUUCUGCGACUCAGGACCAUUCUCCUGCUUUAUCCAAAAGCUCCAAUGAUCCAUGAGAAGUCGUGACUUUGAAACAAGUAUUCCAUUGAAUAGCCCUGAAUACUUUCUUAGUGUUUCUAAUCAUUGUGUGAGAAAACGACCUACUCGUUGUCCCCUCAUUAUUGAUGCCCAGUACAUCAUAUGGUGGUUUGAUGUAAAUAUCUUG